AUGCCUAAGCCCAACUUGCCCGUUCCGACGUCGUCGUUUCAAGUUUCCAAUGGUGGUAACCAAAACAGAGAGAAGAAAUUUGGUUACCUCAUCUAUGAAGUGGAGCCUGGCUUCACCGUUCGACUACGCAAGGAUAUUGACCCUACCAUGGAUCCUAAGAAACUCAAACGCAUAAUUUUGAACCGUGUUUCGGCUCAAAGGUCAAGGUGGAAGAAGCGUGGAUAUGUUGAAUAUCUAUUGAAGAAAAAGAAGGAGCUCGAAAUGGAGGUGAGUGUGAGGCGUGCCCUACUCGAAAUGCUGAAUGAAAGGACUAAGUGUCUUAACAUUAAGUAUAGGGAGCUUGAGGAGCGUACUUUUGCUACAAAUCAACGUUUAAUUUCCGCUGAAGCUGAGGCUGAAGGGGCUUUAGCGAAGCUACGAGAACUUGGAGAUGACAUUGGCUCAUUCGAUGUGACUACCCUUAUGAACCUCCUUCUCUAA